CUGAGCGCGGAGAGGGCGAGCUCCGGCCGCGGGCAGGGCGGGAGGCAACAGCCGGCAACCGAGGGAGACAGAGAGGCGCAGAGACCGCAGUAAUAUCCACUAUAACCAGCCAUCUAACCCCACCCCCCAACACACACCCAUUAUCCCACCCUUCAGGAGAGGCAGCCAGCGGCCCCGCUCUCUGCGCCCAGGAAAAAAGCCCCAGCCAUGAGCAAUCAGUACCAGGAGGAGGGCUGCUCGGAGAGGCCCGAGUGCAAAAGUAAAUCUCCAACUUUGCUCUCCUCCUACUGCAUCGACAGCAUCCUGGGCCGAAGGAGCCCUUGCAAAAUGCGGCUGCUGGGAGCCGCGCAGAGCUUGCCCGCCCCACUGGCCAGCCGCGCCGACCAGGAAAAGGCCGUGCAAGGCUCCCCCAAGGGCAGCGGCGCCCCGUUCGAGGCUGAGCUGCACCUGCCGCCCAAGCUGCGGCGCCUGUACGGCCCUGGCGGGGGCCGCCUCCUCCAGGGCGCCGCGGCGGCGGCGGCGGCUGCGGCGGCGGCGGCCGCGGCGGCGGCCACGGCGGCCGCCGCGGCCGCCGCCGCCGCGGCCUGGGACACGCUCAAGAUCAGUCAGGCACCGCAGGUGAGCAUCAGCCGCAGCAAGUCGUACCGCGAGAACGGGGCGCCCUUCGUGCCGCCGCCGCCCGCGCUGGACGAGCUGGGUGGCCCGGGGGGCGCCGCGCACCCGGACGAGCGCCUCGGCGCGGCCAGCGGCCCCGGUGGCGCCCCGGCGGCGGGUGGCGGUACGGGCGCCGAGGACGACGAGGAGGAGCUGCUGGAGGAUGAAGAGGACGAGGACGAGGAAGAGGAGCUGCUGGAGGACGACGAGGAGGAGCUGCUGGAGGACGACGCCCGCGCGCUGCUCAAGGAGCCCCGGCGCUGUGCCGUGGCCGCCACUGGCGCGGUAGCCGCCGCCGCCGCCGCCGCCGCCGCCGUGGCCACCGAGGGCGGGGAGCUAUCGCCCAAGGAGGAGCUGCUGCUGCACCCAGAGGACGCUGAGGGCAAGGACGGCGAGGACAGCGUGUGCCUGUCAGCGGGCAGCGAUUCGGAGGAGGGGCUGCUGAAGCGCAAACAGCGGCGCUACCGCACCACGUUCACCAGCUACCAGCUGGAGGAACUGGAGCGGGCCUUCCAGAAGACGCACUAUCCAGACGUCUUCACCAGGGAGGAAUUGGCCAUGAGGCUGGAUUUGACUGAGGCCAGAGUCCAGGUUUGGUUCCAGAACCGUCGGGCGAAGUGGCGCAAGCGGGAGAAGGCGGGCGCUCAGACCCAUCCUCCGGGGCUGCCCUUCCCCGGGCCGCUGUCGGCCACCCACCCUCUGAGCCCCUACCUGGACGCCAGCCCCUUCCCCCCGCACCACCCUGCGCUCGACUCGGCCUGGACGGCCGCCGCUGCCGCCGCCGCCGCCGCCUUCCCGAGCCUACCUCCGCCUCCUGGCUCGGCCAGCCUGCCGCCCAGCGGGGCGCCUCUGGGCCUGAGCACUUUCCUCGGAGCCGCUGUGUUCCGACACCCGGCCUUCAUCAGCCCUGCGUUCGGCAGGCUCUUUUCCACCAUGGCCCCCCUGACCAGCGCGUCGACCGCGGCCGCGCUCCUGAGACAGCCCACGCCGGCCGUGGAGGGCGCGGUGGCGUCGGGCGCGCUGGCCGACCCGGCCACCGCGGCCGCAGACAGACGCGCCUCUAGCAUAGCGGCGCUGAGGCUCAAGGCCAAGGAGCACGCCGCGCAGCUCACGCAGCUCAACAUCCUGCCGGGCACCAGCACGGGCAAGGAGGUGUGCUAAAGGCUGCCCUCCACCCUCGCGCCCCGGGCGCACCCCGAAAGGUCACCUCACUCAGCACCACUCAAGACCAAAUGGAAACAGAGGACCAGCACACUCCCGAGACGGCACUGAGAGAGCGCGGCCGCCUUCGCAGCAGCCCGGAUGCGGGCAAGGCAGCCCCUGGCGCUACCGGACGUGGCACCUCCUCGGCUGGCUGUCCACCCGCCCCUGCCCCUGCCCCUGCCCCUGCCAACCUCGCUCCGACUCUGAACAUCCACUCUCUCUCGCUCUUACUUUACUGAAAAUAUCGGGGAGGUUUUCUCUCCAAGACGCCUGGUAUUGAAGUUAAAAAAUUAAGAAACCCAACCUCUCUUCCUCCUGACACCCCACUUAGCUUUUUUUUUUUUUUCUUAAAUAGCAUUUUGGCGCUCUAAGUUGAUCCCCCCAGCGUGGGCCCCGGUGUGAAGCCAGGGCCAGGGAAGCGAAUGCGAAUCUGUAAGAUAGCUAACAGUGCACUUAACGGAAAGGGGCGUCUUGUUCUUGUUCUCUUCUUUAUCAUACACCAACCAAGGUUUUUAUAUCAAACCAAAGGGAAAUACUCUGCUAGAAUAUGGACUGUUGAAGUCACCAAACUGUGAUUAUUGAUUCUGUACAUACCAUUGUUAUUAAAAAAAAAAAAAAGAACAGAGCUUUGUAUAUUUGAAAUGUUAUAACGCAAUUGCACUCAGCGUGGUAUGGUAAAAGUUUGUCCUCCUGUAGAUUCUUACUGUGUUGUAGAUACGGUAGGGUUCCUAGACAAAUAUUUAUGUACUCAAGCCCUUUAUUUAACUUAUUAACUGUAGAGGCUUCCGAAACCUUCAAGAUAAAGGCAAUGGUACAGUACUUUUGUGUAAUGUGUAAUUGUUAUCACUUUUCCUUGCUAUCUAGUGGAGAAGUGUCACGCUCAAAAUAAAAAAAAA